GGCACGCCUGGAGUAACUGGAGCAGUGAUGUGGGACAGUGGAGUUGUUCUGGGGAAGUUCCUUGAGCAUGCUGUGGAAUCAGGGAUGAUAUCUCUUCGAGGCAAGAAGGUUGUUGAACUGGGCUCUGGCUGUGGAUUAGUUGGCUGUAUUGCGGCACUUUUAGGUGCUCAAGUUAUUCUUACUGAUCUGCCAGAUAGACUGAGGCUAUUGAAAAAGAAUGUUGAAGCUAAUUUGUAUGGAGAUGUGCGGGGUUCUGCGACAGUGAAUGAGCUCAUUUGGGGAGAUCAACUUGAUCUGGAAUUAAUUACACCUUUGCCUGAUUACGGUAACAAGCCCCACAUUAUCUGCUCUUAA